AUGCCUCAGAACGAGUAUAUCGAGGAACACAUUAAAAGGCAUGGUCGAAGGCUCGACUAUGAAGAGAAGAAGCGUAAGCGUCUGGCUCGCGAGGUACACAAAUCCUCUGCGAAAGCGCAGAAAUUGUUUGGUAUAAAAGCCAAGAUUAUGCAUGCUCGUCGUCACGCACAAAAGGUUCAGCUCAAAAAGACGCUCAAAGCCCACGACGAACGCAAUGUCAAGCAAACAGACAAUGCAUCGGGCCCAGAAGGCGCCUUGCCCACCUAUCUGCUCGAUCGCGAAGAUCAAAAAGAUGCCAAAGCCCUUUCUUCUGCACUCAAGCAGAAACGAAAGGACAAGGCCGCCAAGUAUGCUGUACCGUUGCCCAAAGUUCGUGGUAUUGCCGAGGACGAAAUGUUCAAAGUCAUGCGCACGGGAAAGAGCAAGAGCAAAGCCUGGAAGCGAAUGGUUACAAAGGCCACCUUUGUUGGCGAAGGAUUCACCCGAAAGCCGGUCAAGAUGGAGAGGUUUGUACGACCGAUGGAUUGA